GUAGGUAAGUAUCUAAAUACCUACCGUCCCUGCACGUGAUGUGACUUGCGUCACGUGCUUUUCGCGUGUCUGGGUCAGGUAGAUCGGCUUCUUGGCUGGCCUCUGGGUAGAUCGUUUAAGAGGCGUGUUGCCCUUGGGAAGAAACGAUACACGAGGCUAUCUAUGGCGAUCCAAAUGCUCUCGUACUUUGUAGUGACUCCCAAACAGACUUCUCAUAUCCGGUGACAGACGGAGGGCAAAUACUAAACGCGUGGUCGCGAAAAAACGCGCCUUGGUGACUGCCCACCAACCACCAGCCCAGCCCCCCGCUCGGACGGUUGGGUAAAAAGCACCCGACAACUGACAACUGGAAGGUGGCACAGGACGAAAACUGGGUUGGGACGACAUUUGCGCCUUCCUGCCGAAUCCGAUCUUGUUUCUCGUUCAAUUGAUGAUUGUUGCUGCGACUCAACUCAUUAUUUUGAACUGUACCCAUUGUCUAAACUGAACCGAAUCCAAGAUGCCGAGCCCAAUAAGGGAAUCAAUCCCCUCCUUCCCUCCUCCAGUGACCACCCAACUCCAUGCACCGCCCUCACCAGGUACUCACCGCGCACUGAGACGACUUCAAUCAGCCCACAGCCUUGGAGCAAAGGCAGCGUACCAACCCUCUCUUAUCUCCCAGCAGAGGCUGCAACAACUGCAGCAGCAGCAUCAACAGCAGCAGCAGCAGCAGCAGCAGCAGCAGCAGCAGCAGCAGCAGCAGCAGCAACAACAGCAACUACAGCAACAACAACACCACCAGCCGCACCAGCACCAGUACAGUCAGCAACAGAGCUCAGGCUCUCCUAGCCGAAGGAAUGCGAACAUCAAUCGAUCACCACAACGGGGCCGUGCUAACAGCGAUGCGCCAAUGGUCAACCCACUCAACGCAAUGGCGGCUAAUAGACGGUCAGCUUUGAGCAAGCGCUCCCUGGCUGCAGAUGCCAUGUCUCUGGAGAGGCUCCUUCGCGAUGGGCCACCGAAUGGUGACGUUUGUGGUGCCCUGGAGAGUGCGCGACUCAAGAUCCUGGAUCAGGGUAUUAAGAGUGAUAGUGACGGCAUGUCAUCUCUGCGCAUAUACGUCUGGCUUAUUCUCCUCAAUGCCCCAGUCCUCGACACUGAUGCUUACCUCUCGCUGAUCCACCGGGGCGCAUCACCGGCCUAUUCCAAGAUCCGUAACGACACCUUCCGAACCCUCACCACCGACCCACUCUUCCGCCGCCGCGUCAGCGAGGCCAGUCUGAUCCGCUUGCUCAAUGCGAUCGCGUGGAGGCUGCACGAUGCACGAGAGGAACGCAUUAAGGGUAGCCGCCCGGCACCUGGGAGCCGGCACUCGUUACCGCAGGAGCCACAGAGUCGACCCAGCACUGGCAAUGGGAGCAGCAACGCGUAUAGCACAUCAUCACCGGCGUCUAGGACUCGGUCGAGAGCCCUGACUCUUACGACUGAGGGUUCGGAGAGCGGUAUUUCCGCCGAUCCCGGCACAUAUGUCCAGGGCAUGAACGUGCUCGCAGCGCCUUUCCUGUACGCCGCACGGAGCGAGGCAGAAGCCUUCGUGGCCUUCCACCAGCUCCUUACCCAGGAAUGCCCCGGAUACAUACGGGGAGCCAUGGACGGUGUCCAUAGGGGGCUUGCCCUGGUUGACAAAGUCCUGGCGAUCGUCGAUCCCAAACUCAGCCUCUACUUGUUAUCAAAGAGCAUGUCUGCCGAGAUUUACGCCUUCCCCUCGGUAUUGACUCUCUGCGCUUGCACGCCGCCCUUACCCGAAGUCCUCAGGCUGUGGGAUUUCUUGUUCGCCUAUGGGCCGCACCUGAAUAUCUUGUGCAUCGUCGCGCAGCUGGUUAUGAUACGGACACAGAUCCUGAGUUCGCCAAGUCCUAAUAAGCUACUUCGUGCCUUCCCUGCCCUUCAAGCGGACCAGAUCAAGCGCACAACGCUAGCCAUCAUCAAGAUGAUCCCCGACGACGUCUACGCUGAGAUUGUGACUCACGCUCAGUGAUUUUUCUUCCCAGGAGGACACGGUCCUCACAUGAAAUGGGCUUCAUCAUCCCGCGCGGGAUGUUUAUCAACAGGAAAUCGGCACUUGCUCA